AUGUAUCAUCGAAUGUAUUUACGUCGAUCUUCAAUGUCUAGUAUAAGUGAAGAAUCUGAAAUGGAUGAUAAUGAUCAACAUGAUGAAAAUUUUAUGCUAAAUAAUAAGCAUAGUAAUGAAAAACAAAAUGAAUUAUCAAUUAAUUUAAAUGUUGAAAAUUGUCUUGGUGAUUUAAAUACUUUAAAAGAAGAAAUUCGAGAAGCUUAUGAAGAAUUAUCAACAUUAGAACGACAAGCUCGAAGUAAAACAACACUAUCACCAAUAAUAUCUAAUAUAAAUCAAGGUAAUUUUUUAUUUUAUUUUUGUUGUAAAAUAAAUAAAUAA